GUGCUGUCCGGGUACCUUGAUGUCCCUACCCUAACCGUAACCCCUGACCUUAUUCCGGUGUCAUGCUUAAGUAUGCCUAGCCGAGCUCGGCUAACCGAAUGAGCGUGCUCGCAUACUCCCGUAAAAGUCCUUUGCUUGAAAAACGAGAAGCGUUUUCAGAAUUGACAUUUUUACAAGAAUCGACUGAUGGUGACUCAAUGUUGUUGCUAGCAAAUCCCACGACCAGUCAUCAAAACCCUCCUGCAUAUAAGAGAAAGGAGUUGAGGGUUCCUCAGCAACACAUAAAAUGGCCAACAUCACAGUGACCCACAGAGACGGCCGUGUAGCCCAGCUGGAGCAGGUGUACAUCCGAGGCAGCAAGAUCCGAUUCCUCAUUCUCCCUGACAUGCUGAAGAACGCACCCAUGCUAAAGAGUAUGAAGAACAAGAACCAGGGAGCUGGAGCAGGAAGAGGCAAAGCUGCCAUUCUCAAAGCACAAGUGGCUGCCAGGAGUCGAGGACGUGGAGGGAUGGGAAGAGGACAUAUUUUCCAGAAAAGGCGAUAGUCUAAAAAUAUAUAUUUUCUACUUUCUAUAUUGUAACUUGUUUAUUAUUCUUUUGUGAUCAAUUAUGUGAAAUGACAAUUUCCAUAUUAAAAUUAUUUUCUUACUA